GUGGUCCAGUAGAUGCCCAGUGGCUGUCACGGGCGUAGCUCCUGAUUGCGUCACGAUCGGGAGACCGCGAGACACGCUGAAAGUAAGAGAGAUAGAGAGAGAGAGGGAGAGAGAGGAGUGAUGGAGUGAUAGAUAGCUAGAUAUAUAUGUAUAGAUAGAAAGAGAGAAAGAGAGAGAGAGAGAGCGGAGAGUGCAAUAGACGAGGAAUUAUCACGGGAGCGAGAGGGACAACCGGGGGUGGAGUUUGGGCGGUGGGAGGCGAACAGUGGAUGGUGUUGUGUGGAUGGUGCAGUGCAGUGCAAUGAGGAUGCAGCGGAACUCGGUGGUGGUUUCCGUUUACGUAUGCUCACCACGCCAGGGGGGCACGGUAUAGGGCUACAAGAUACCGUAUCUGCCUCUGCAUUUGAUUGAGAUGAUCCAUCAACUUAUACUGACGUGAUCAUGCAGCCCGUGAAGCGCAACUAGUCCAAGAGACAGAAUGAUUUUCGCUGCUCUCGAUGGGGGGUUAAAGGUCACAUAGAUGCGGUGUCAAUUUCCCCACACUACUUCUGCGUCGACGCACCUUGCGGAACAACGAUUGACUCGGUUUGCGAAUACGAACGGUUUUGGGUGGUCCUAUUUGAGGAUCUCGCCUCGCUAGCCGUUGGUCUAGGGUUCGACCGCAUCCGGAAUUUACACAACUCUGACAUUUAUCUCACAGCGCGGCCCUUAAUCUCAGCCCGCUACAAAGCCAAAGCUGACCUGUAUUAACAGAAGGAAUGGAGAAGACAUGGCUGUGGGAGCAGCGAAGGCACUGCUAUAUUACUCUGCUCAAUCUUUUGCCAUUCUCAGAAGAGGAUCAAUGGAGCUCGUGGACUGCAGAUGAAACGGGGUCGUUAUUUCAAAGUUUUUGUAGUAAAAACAUUUCGAAAAUCAACCAUCAGAGAAGACUGUAACAUCAGAUAUCAAAUCUCGGUGGGUUAAUACGACCAAACUAGAGAACUAGCGUGUAGAAGUCAGAAAAGAGACAUAGUUAGAGAGAAACGAGAACGGAAAAAGGAAGAAGGAGCCGAAGUGCAGGAAAUACGGGCAGGCAUUGUGAGGGCGGUUCGUGCGAUUAUCGAACGGUUCUUACAUGAAGAUUAUCUUGGAAACGUACAGCAUGGGCCCGGCACCCUACAGUUAACUCCCUUGAGCGAUGCAAGUAGUUAGGGCUAAGGCCUUGGCCGUACUGGUGAGCAUGUGGCUCACUAGAGAAUGAAGAAGCAAAACGUCCGGACCUUAUCGUUGAUCGUCUGCACGUUCACCUACCUCCUUAUUGGCGCCGCAGUCUUCGACGCCCUAGAAUCCGAAACCGAAAAGCGACGCUGGGAAGCUUUGGAUGCUAUAGAGAAAAUGGUGAUACGGAAGUACAAUAUAAGCGAGGACGACUUCAAGGUGAUGGAAACGGUUGUGCUGAAGACGGAACCACACAAGGCAGGUCAGCAGUGGAAAUUUGCUGGGGCAGUCUACUACGCUACUACGGUGCUUACUACGAUUGGAUACGGACACUCUACACCAAAUACCAUAGGUGGUAAAUUGUUUACGAUGUGCUACGCUAUCGUGGGUAUUCCAUUAGGUCUUGUCAUGUUUCAAAGUAUAGGCGAACGGCUCAACGAGUUUUCGUCAGUUGUUAUACAAAGCGUGAAACGUCUUCUCAAUUGCAAGGAUAUACAAGCAUCAGAAAUGAAUCUGAUAUGUGUUGUUACGACACUCUCCAGUCUCACGAUUGCUGGGGGUGCCGCAGUCUUCUCAAGAUAUGAAGGAUGGUCGUAUUUCGAUUCAGUUUACUACUGCUUCAUUACGCUGACGACAAUUGGUUUCGGCGAUAUGGUUGCCCUCCAGAAGGACAAUGCGUUGGACAACAAGCCAGAAUACGUGAUGUUCGCUCUGAUCUUCAUUCUGUUCGGUUUGGCCAUUGUUGCUGCCUCUCUGAAUUUGCUAGUUCUUAGAUUUGUCACUAUGAACACUGAAGACGAACGGAGAGACGAGGCGGAAGCUUUACAGGCGGCUCAAGGAGCUGUACGUCUUGAAGGUGACGUAAUAACAGCGAAUGGCUCGAUCCUCUCAGGACAAAUCGGCAACCAAGGAGACACAAUUUCACUGGAUGACAACGCAUCCGUUUGUAGCUGCCGCUGCAGUGGUUUUUACAAAAAGAGACGAAGACAACGUUUCACCGUGCGUCGUUCACCGGGUAAAAUAUCCCACUUGCUGCCAAUGCAGCAAUUACCGGCUCUUCACGUUCAGGCAGAGCAUUGUCCACCACCGUUAACACCACUGCUCCAAAUACCACCAUUGUAUCAACACAGAGCCAGUAUCUGACGAUCUUCGUCAAUUGAAAAAAGACUUCCAUUCCUUGCGAUCUAUGAAUCGUAUCAAUAUCGUCGUGCUUCUCUUUAGGAAUAUCGAAACGGACGUUUGCCCAAGUACAACCGUGGCUGAUUGGACUCACAAAAUGAAGGGUGACAAUCUUGGAUGUGUCUAGUAAGAAGUGCUGGAAUGAUACAGUGUUCAAAUAUCAGCUGUUUUUCAUCUAAGUUUUAAAAUUUGUUAUAAUAUUUUUUCAAAUGUACGAUGAAUUGAUUCAUGUAUCUGAAGUACACUGCCAUGCAACUAGUGUUACAAGAACUGAAUCAAGAACUAACAUAACAAAGGCUUCCAAUAAUCAGAAAGCUUGAAUGAGGUGUAGGAAUACAAUGAAAGAAAGAACACAUGGACCAUCAUUUACGCGUAAGCGUCAUACAAAAACUAAAUAGAAAAAGUUUUCAAUACAGACUUGCGAAAUGAAGAAUUUCAAUAAUCAUCAAACAUCAUUAACAUUCGACAUAACCAACAAAACGCAUGGGAUAUAUACUUUAAUGUUGAAAUUUUACAAUAUAUUUACAAAGACGACGUUUAUUGUUCAUUCUAGCAAUCUUAGCAUUCGAUUUUUGACUAAUUUAUUCAAAAUUUGUCAUUGCGCUGUCAUUGCAAUUUUACCCACCAAACUAAGUUUUCAUGCCAGCACGUUCAGUGUAAUAGGAGCUUCUUAUUUUCCUGAUCUUUUCCGCGCCUACGCUUCAAUCAAGUAUGAUAAUACGUAGAAGUUUAUUCUCCGUAAGGUAAAAAAUCAAUUCAUCAAAUAUGCAAAAAAUUUUGAUAGCAAGAGUUUUAGAUGUGGAAAAAUUCUGACUUAUUGUUAGAAAGCGCUAACUAUAGUAUAUCAAUUCGGAUCUUCCACUGUUCUCAAAUCUUCAUAAUUUCCUGAACCAGAACUAUGAAAUAUUUUUCAUCCAAAAAUAAUUGAUAUCUGAUUCAUAUUAAGACUACAUUAAAGCUUCAAAAUUUAAAAAAAUUAACAAAUACUGAACAAACGGGUAAGCGUUGCUUGCAUUUGGAAAUAUCGUCUGCACUACUCUUCAAGAAUCAUAGAUGAGACCAAAAUUAUAGGUGUAAUCUGUUUUUAUCUUCUUGCACAAUUAUACAUAACUAUAAAUUCCCAUAUCUCCUAUACACUGUAGGGUAUAUAUGCACCCUCGAUGAGUGAACUAACUAUAUUUUAAUGUUUAGAAAAUGCUUUAUAUAUUAUUUCAAAGGCUUCCCAUAUUCUCAUUAUAUCUACAGUGGUGUGAAAAUAUAUAAAACACAAUCAUAUAGAAUAUAAAUAUAUACGUCAGGGUUAUUUUAUUUCUUCUACUUUUACCACCUUCGGGAAAAUGGAACAGCAGAAUGUAUGUUGCUCUAUUAAACCGCAUAUCAUCGUCUAACCGUCAUACAGUAUAAGUCAGUCAAAUAAAUGAUAUUUAGGGCCUGCAAUUUGAAUAAUUCCUGAGUUCACUAAAAGAUAUUGAUCAUGUUUAGGACGUCGUAUAUAAAAAGGAUCUCUGUUGUUGAGAUUGUAACCUAGAACAUUUUUGAAAAAACAAAAAAAUUGAAGUGGUGGCCAUAUAUAUGGCCAUUUUGUCCGUCUUUGGUGACCUUUAGUGCAAGCAAUGCGAAAUGACGGAUACAAAGCAGAAUGCAUUUGCCUAAUCUCGGAGAACACCGAAUUUUCUAUAGAAAAAUCACUAACUAAACCUUUGGUCUAAUCAUUACAUUGAGAUGAAACAACUUUCGAUCGCUUCCAACCUUCAACAAUUCGAUUUCCGACCUUCUGCCGAACAUGCGAACAAUACACAGAUGAAAAAAAAGCUUUCUCGCGAAGCUUAACAUUGACCGAUCAAUUUUUUUAGAUUCCUCUUCCUGAUAUGUAUGGUUUUGCUACAAGAAUGUCUCAUCAUUUUCUGCAGUUGACACCGUCGUUUAUAAGUUGUUAUGGACAGUUGGGACAAGCAAAUGCUUUCGAAUUUUGAUUUCAUGAUCUUUCUUUUUCGAACCCUUUAACGACUACAAAAAAUUCCUCUAGUCCAAAAUUGAUAUUGUAAAUACUUAAAUUUUUUUGAAAAACACAAUUUUAAUAAGCAAAUAUUACAAAUAUCAUCACUUCAUUUCCUUGUAAACACUACAUUGCAAGGAAAAAAUAUUUGACCUGCAAUCAUCUUGAGCAUGUAACAAAAUCGAUUUCAACGUCAAUUCAUUGUUUGUAAUUACUUGAAUAACAAUGUACUAAGACGGAAAUAGGAGAAAAAACGAUGUGAAAUUAGAGUUCAACAAUAUUUCGUAUCGGAAUUGUCUGUAAGUUGUACUAUAAUACUGAUGCAUGCAUCGAUGUAGUCACUACAGGUCGGAAUUUUCUAGAAUUGUUUAUAAAACGUUAAAGACAAUUAUAACGUGUAGUAACCACAUAAGUAAAAAUUUCCACCACUUAAAACUUUUUAUCCGUGGCUCUUUUUAACAGUUUUCUGCAACCGUUUGCCCCCAUCACGACAAAUAUGUCAUUAUCCUAGGCUGUAACCUACAAUUCAUUGAAUUUUCAAUCUUAUUUUGUAUAUUCUUCCGAAAAACGUGUCAAUGUAAGUAUUAAAACAAAUUUUGUAGUACAUAAUACUAAAAUACGCAAUUUUUUUGAUUACACCAGCCCACAAAGAAAAAAUGAGGUCUGUACAUUCUAACAGACCCACCUACCUUUAUGUAUUUUGACGCGCUGAAUCCGAAUCUGAGGUACGUUUGGUCCGUAUACCCUCAAAAUUUUGGGAAAAGUGCAGAAAACUGUAAAAAAUGGAAAAAACUGCAGUAUUGGUGAUAAAAAAAAUUUCUAAAUAUAAAUCAUUUAAGUUUUACAAGUGCUUCGAUCCGCUGAGUAUAAAUCUGAAGUUAAUUUUGCUUGUAGGCCCUUAAAAAUAUAAAUAAAUUGCAAAAAACCCCUAAACAUUGCUAUAAAUUGUAUUUACAGUAGUAAAAAAAUUGGUUAAACAUAAUUAAAUUUAUUUCUCACUUAUUGUGAUGCACUAAAUCCAAUUAAAAAAUCUGUUAAUGUGAAUCAAUCAGAAAGUUACCAGAAAUCGUUUAAAAAAGCAUAGAAAGAUGAGGUCAGGAACGAGCUUUAUCGAUAUCAAGGGAAGUGGAAUGUCAACAUGAUGGCAGAUUUUUGCUGGACGCUGAAGAGAGAAUUACCGAAGGAUAAUAAAAAACGAGAGAGAAUCCCGUUGCGUAGGUCAUUUGCUGACAAAUUUCGAGUUCGACAGAAACGAAGAACAGCUUGAAAUGAGUAAAGCUCGUUCCUUACCUUAUCUUUCUAUGCUUUUUUGUACGAUUUUUGGUGAAUUUCUAACUGAUUUACAUAAACA